AUGGCUCCUGGAGUUCAAGAGCUUCAUUUUCCUCCUCUCGAGAUUCCGAUCAAGGUGGACCGGCUCAUUCCAGUGCACCCUGCUAGUCCCAUUCCAGCAGCCAAUGGCGAUGUCCUGUACCUCUCCAACCUCGAUGACAUGAUCGGAGUACGCGUUUUUACUCCCACUGUUUUCUUUUACCGUUCACCUGGUCCGUUCCCUGGACAAAAUUCAUUCGUCUCCGUUCUUAGAGACGCUCUUGCAAGCGUUUUAGUGCCUUAUUAUCCCUUCUCCGGAAGGAUCAGGGAGGCCAAAAAUGGCAAGUUGGAAGUUUUCUUUGGCCCGGAUCAAGGUGCCCUUCUGGUUGAAGCUCACACGGAUACUUCCAUUGCCGAUCUCGGAGACGUGACGGUGCCGAAUCCGGCAUGGUCGGCAUUGAUUUACAAGUUCCCCGAUGAAGAUCAGUACCAAGUUAUCAACAUGCCAUUGAUUAUAGCUCAACUCACUCAUUUCAGCUGUGGUGGCUUCAGCCUUGGGUUAAGAAUAUGUCACUGUAUCUGUGAUGGGCUUGGAGCUAUGCAAUUCUUGCGGUCAUGGGCUUCCACUGCAAAAGCAGGCUUUCUAGUUACAAACCCAAAACCCUGUUGGGACCGAGAGUUUUUCCGGCCCCGUAAUCCACCCAGAGUUGAAUAUCCACAUGUUGAGUUCAAGGAAAUUCAUGAUGGAUCAACACUCACCAAGAGUCUCUGGGAGGCCAAGCCAUUACAGAAAUGUUACCGGAUCACUCGGGAAUAUCAGAAUCAUUUGAAAAGUUUGGCCCAAUCUGUCGGCCCAUGUACCACGUUUGACGCGAUGGCGGCCCAUGUCUGGAGAUCAUUCGUGAAGUCAUUGGACGUGAAGCCACUCGAUUACGAGCUCCGGCUGACAUUUUCGGUCAACGUCCGGCAGAAGCUGAAUGAUCCGCCACUUAAAGACGGAUUUUACGGCAAUGCACUAUGUGUCGCUUGCGUGACGAACACGGUGUCCGGGCUUGUUAAUGGAUCAUUUCAGGACACCGUUGACCUUGUUCGUAAAGCCCGGCUAGCUGUUUCGGAAGAUGUUCUGCGGUCCACUAUUGACUAUGUUGAGCUUGAGAGGCCCAAGAGGUUAGAGUUUGGUGGUAAAUUGUCAAUAACCCAAUGGACCAGGUUUUCGAUUUAUGAGUCCGCGGAUUUUGGAUGGGGGAUGCCCAUUUAUGCUGGCCCAAUUGACCUGACUCCUACUCCCCAAAUCUGCAUUUUCUUACCAGCUGGAGGUUCUGAUGCUGUUUCCGAUGGGUCGAUGCUUUUGUGCAUCUGCUUGCCGGAAUCGGCGUCCCGCCGUUUCACCGAUCUUUUGCACCUCAAGGAAGUCUGA